AAAACGUGAACACAAACGCAAACUGCAAGUAAAACAUAGCCUGCAAUUUACAUUUUACAAAGUACCUACAAAGAAAGAACACUUGAACAAAGGGAACAGGAAAGCCAAGUGUUAUUUCAUUUUUAUGUUAACUCUAUAAUGUGUGUUGUAUAAUUGUUUAACGUUGUCGGUUUUGUUCUACAGAGAUGUCUAUCAAGCUAUCAGAAGGAUGUAUCCAGACGAUCAUGAAUGGAGGGGAAGUACUUAAUCCUGUUCUUCAAAUUCUUGGUCAUAAAAAGAUAGCUGGGAAUUCGUCGACUGAUCGAUACAGACUUCUCAUUUCGGAUGGAGUGCACUUGAAUAGCUUUGCCAUGCUGGCCACCCAGCUCAACGAUAAAAUAACGGCCGGAGAGUUAGCCGAGUACUCGAUUGUACAAAUAAAUCGGCACGUGGUCAGCAUGGUCAACAGCAACCAAGGCAAAACUGACAGUUGCGCUCUGGUCGAGGGAAGAUGUCAAACCAGAGGCGGAUUCGGUCGGCAGACGAAGACGCCACUGCAGUCGGGCGUGGAAAUGUCGCCGAUGUCCGGGCAACGCACGCACCCCAUCGCCUACCUGAGCCCCUAUCAGAACAAGUGGGUGAUCAAAGCGCGCGUGCUCAGUAAGUCGGCCGUGAAGACUUGGAGCAAUGCGCGCGGAGAAGGCAAGCUGUUCAGCAUGGACCUGGCCGAUGAGAGCGGAGAGAUCCGCGUCACCGCCUUCCGCGACCAGGUCGACAAGUUCUAUGACAUGAUUGAGGUAAAUAAAGUAUAUUUGAUCAGCCGUUGUCAGCUGAAGCAGGCCAACAAGAAAUUCACCAGUUUGAAAAACGACUACGAGAUGACUUGCACGUCAGAAACCAGAAUCGAGCCCUGCACUGAAGACUGCGGUGACAUCCCCAAAAUGAAAUUCAACUUCACAUCGUUGGUUGCUCUGCAAGAAGCACCUUUAGAGAACUCUGUAGAUGUGAUUGGAGUUUGCAAGAGAGUUGGUGAUCUCGCCACAGUAAUCCAAAGAACAACCAACAAAGAGCUGAAGAAGAGGGAUAUUGAGUUGGUCGACAACUCUCUCUCAUCGAUAAGUGUUACAUUAUGGAACAAUGAUGCGGAAAACUUCGAAGUUAACGGCGGCGAGCCGAUUGUAGCGAUCAGACAGGCGGGUCUGUCGGACUUUGGCGGCGGCCGAUCGCUGAGCGUGCGCGCCAGCUCCAACAUUCAGAUCAACCCCGACAUUCCAGAGGCACACAAACUGCGAGGCUGGUACGACGCGCUGUCUCACGACGCCAAGUUCAACAGCCUGUCUGCCAGAGGGGGAGCUAUGGAUGGAGGAAUGUCUAAUAGCAAGGCCAUUACCCUCAAGGAAGCCAAGAAUCAAAACACUGAUUCCGAUAAAGCUGAAUUCUUCAGUGCAUUCGCCCAUGUUAUGCACAUUCGUACUGAAAAUGUUUGCUACAAAGCUUGUCCGUCUUCAGAAUGCAAUAAGAAAGUUGUUGAUUUGAAUACAGGAGAAUAUCGGUGUGAAAAAUGUAACAGAGCAUCUCCAAACUUCAAAUACCGUCUACUGAUCAAUAUGCAGAUAGCGGACAUCUCGGAUGCGCAGUGGGUGAGUGCGUUCCAGGAUGUGGCCGAGCUGCUACUGAACACAACAGCUGAUGACGUCGGUAACAUGCUCAGUGACGAGAAGGCCAUCGAACAGCUGUUCCAGGUGCCGCUCUUUUCAUGCUACAACAUUCGCCUGCGAUCCAAGGUCGAAACGUUCAAUGACGAAAUGAGACGGAAAGUGGUUGUUGUUUCCAUGAAACCAGUAGAUAAUGGAGAGUAUGCCAAGUUCUUAUUGAAAGAGCUCCACGAAAUGACAGGUGUUAGCACAAGUAAUUGAAAAGUGAAAAUAACUCUUCCAAAGAAAAACAUUUGAAUUCACUACAUUUGAUCAUUUCCUCAAUUCAACUCUAUUUUUUCUUGAAUAAUGCUCAUAUCCUAUCUUUCUCUCUUUCUCUCUCGCGUCAUAAUUGUUAACCUUGUUUGAAAGAAAGGGGUUUUAAGUUAUACCUUUUACAGUCCUCCUUUUUCUUGAGUGAUUUUUAUUUUUCUGUAGUAUCCAAGUAACUGAGAUCUCAGUUCUGUAACCAUGAAAUCUGGAUUCAUUUCCUUCGAAAAUUGUAUGUAUGCCACGGAGAGGAAUUUUAUUAUUUAAUAAUCUUAUUUGUAAUAUCGGGACAAGAAAGAAUCUCACCCUCUAUUGUCCUUUUACAAAAUUGAAAAUAAAGUAGCAUAGCCUCAAGUAAGAUAGGUAAUAUACUCCACAAUGCCAACUAAAUAAUAAAUAAUAAUUGAAGAGAGAAGGACGAGAAGAAGCUAUUGCUUUAUUAGAACAUUCUAUAAUUUUUACAUACUUUAAAUUUUACUUGAAACUAUUCACACGUUAUACCCACAAGUUGAAAGUUACUCUUGUAUGUUUCUAUAUAUUUUUCAGAACUCAUGUACAACAUGGGAUUAAUAGCAGUUACUGUAGCUGCAUUGCUUAAACAUUUAACUACUGUAUUGUUAUUAUUGGCAUGUUGAUUCAAUUUUUGUAUUCAGUACUUUAUUCAAUAUUUUCAGUAUCCAAUUAUAUUAUAGAUCAAAUCAAUAUGACUUUGUACAUAUUUUCAGAAUCGAAACUAUAUUAUAAGCAAGUCAUAUUUUGCAUUUUGUAUUUGUUAACAUUUAUUAUGUAAUAAAAUAUAGUUUCACAAAUUAACCAA